CACACACCAAGACGCCGGUGUCGCAUCCGUUCAUGCCGCAAUUCCAGCAGAAGCAGCAGCAGAAGCGCGUCUUUGAUGACCAGCGAACUGGGUCCAUUCGCAAUGCCGACUACUUCACGAAUACAGGGAACGUUGCAAGCGGCAGUAUUGUGGAUGAAAAACGCAAUGACGACGAUACCUCCGACGAAGUAGUGAAGCCAGCUGCGGAGACCUUUGAGCAGAUUAACCGAUGGACUUUCUUCUCUUCUGAGAUUGACGAGACCAUUCACGCUCCAGAACUUGGCGGCCUUUUGAUGCCAGGCGAGACCUUCCGCGAUCUUUUCGAAUUGAGCCCAGACGGCGGUGUCUGGUGGCUGGACAUGCUCAACCCGUCGGAGGAGGAGAUCUUUGCCAUCUGCAGCGCCUUCCGCGUCCAUCCUUUGACUCGAGAGGAUAUCACCACGCAGGAGACACGUGAAAAAGUCGAGCUGUUCAAGAGCUACUACUUCCUCUGCUUCCGCAGCUUCUAUGCGGUGGACAAGGAAAGCGAGGACUACCUGGAGCCAAUUAACAUUUACGCCGUCGUCUUCCGCGAAGGUCUGCUCACGUUCUCCUUCUGCCAGAACCACCACGCCGCCACAGUCCGCAAGCGUAUCGGUCGUCUUCGCGAUUACGUCAACCUUUCCGCGGAUUGGGUUUGUUACGCUCUCAUCGAUGAGAUCGUCGACUCCUUCGGUCCCGUACUGGAGGAGCUCGAGCGCGAGACCGACACGAUCGAAGACUCCGUCUUCACUGCCCGCUUCGAGGACUCUCGUGUCAUGCUCAAGCAAAUUGGCGAAUGCCGCAAGAAGAUCAUGGCGCUCUCUCGUCUUCUUGGGGGCAAAGCUGAUGUCAUCAAGAGUUUUGCGAAGAAGUGCAAUGAAUCGUACACUGUCGCUCCGCGCGGCGAUGUGGGACUGUACCUCAGUGACGUCCAGGAUCACAUCGUUACAAUGAUGUCUAACCUGGGACAUUUCGAAAAGAUGCUCAGUCGAAGCCACACCAACCAUUUGACGCAAAUCACCCUCCAGCACACCGAGCAGGGAUCGCGAGCCAACGAGCUGCUGGGCAAGAUCACGAUCAUUGCGACGAUUCUCGUGCCGAUGAACUUGGUCGCUGGUCUUUUCGGCAUGAACGUCCACGUUCCCGGAGAAGGCGUCGAUGGAUAUGGCUGGUGGUUUGGAAUUGUCGGCGUGGUUUUGACGCUGGCUGUUGUUUCCGUCACGGCUGCGAAGAAAUUCAAGUUGCUUUGAUUGGGAUGAGACGGAUUACGAGUUUGGCUGGGAGUGUUGCUGUCUGCGUUAUUGGGGUGCACGAGGAAAUUUGCUUAUAGUUUACUACUUGGGGGUUGAUGCACACGUACAUACAUGUAUACGAUCAUGACAAUUCUUGA